AGAGUAAAUGCUUUGAGAGCGGCAGGACAAUGAGAGAGUAAACCACCGCUAAAGCACUCAGAUCUGACGCAUAUUCUCCUGGAUCAUAUCGUGUGUGUAUAUAUAUGUGUGUGUGUGUGAAUGAUGGCGUGGGGCGUGUGCAGCAGAGCUCUGGUGUGGAUUAUAACGGCGUUCUUAUGCUGGAGUCACAGCAUGAUGGGUUUCUGCAGAAGCAGUACGGUGUCUGUACCAGAGAGUCUGCUCUUUGUGUCCACACUAGAUGGAAACCUGCACGCCGUCAGCAAGAGAUCUGGAACCAUCAAAUGGACCCUGAAAGAAGAUCCUGUUUUGCAAGUCCCGACACACGUGUCUGAGCCAGCGUUUCUCCCGGACCCUCAUGAUGGAAGUCUGUACACUCUUGGAGGGAAAAACAAUGAGGGGCUGACGAAACUGCCGUUCACUAUACCUGAGCUUGUGCAAGCUUCACCCUGUCGCAGUUCUGAUGGCAUCUUAUACAUGGGUAAGAAACAGGAUGUGUGGUAUGUGGUGGAUCUGUUGACUGGAGAGAAGCAGCAAACAUUGACCUCCUCCUAUGCUGAGAUGCUCUGCCCUUCAUCCUCUCUACUCUACCUCGGCCGCACAGAGUACACAAUCACCAUGUACGACACCAAGAGCCGAGAGCUGCGCUGGAAUGCCACUUACUCCGACUACGCCUUCACCCUGCCUGACGACGACACCAAAUACAAUAUGGCUCAUUUUGUGUCAAACAGUGACGGUCUGGUGGUGACGGUGGACAGUGAGUCCGGUGACGUGCAGUGGGUGCAGAACUACGACUCUCCUGUGGUUGCCAUCUAUAUCUGGCAGCGCGAGGGACUGCGCAAGAUCCCACACACUAAUGUCGCUGUGGAAACAUUGCGUUAUCUCACCUUCAUGUCAGGAGAGGUGGGCCGCAUAACACAAUGGAAGUAUCCGUUUCCCCGAGAGAAGAAGACCAAAGAUAAGCUGAUGUCCACUCUGUAUGUUGGGAAACACUCCUCUGGCCUGUACGCUUCUCCCUCACUGGUGCAUGAUGGAGUUACUGUUGUGCCUCGGGGCAGGACGUUUCCAAUGCUGGAAGGGCCCAGUAAUGAGGAGUGGAGUGUGAAGGAGGAUCAGGAGUGUGUGAUCACUCCCAGCACCACAGUGAAGUUCAGUGGCGCUUUGAAGGAGAGGAACCGCAUCAACAUCAUGAGGAAUUCGCUGCUGCUCAUCGGUCACCAUGAGACGCCGCCUGACGCUCAUAAGAAAAUUCUGGAAAAGUUUCCAGAGAGCUUCCCCCGCCAGCACAGCAACGUCAUUCCCCCCACCACAGAGAAGACUAUUGAAGAGAAGGUGAAUGAGAGUGGAAUGGAGGACAGCAGUGCACUGCCUCCACCCGGCUCCUCUCUGCAGGAGAAACCCGGCCGUCCUCCUCGUGUAGAGACUCCUGUGGACUCUAUGCUCAAGGACAUGGCCACUAUCAUCUUCUGCACCUUCCUGUUGACCGGAUGGUUGGCAUUCAUCAUCACCUACCCAAAGAGUGUUCAUAAGCAACAGCAGCUACAGCAUCAGCAGUUUCAGCAGAAGAUGGAGGAGAAACUUCAGCUCCUGCAGCAGCAGCAGCUCAUCUUUCACCCACCUGCAGACCUGCCACCUGAUGCUGACUUCCUGGAGGUGGCCCACACACGCUCGGAAAGCUCCGCACACAGCAGCCCUAACGUUACCCCACGGGCAUCAAACCACUCCAAUAUGUCCCUGUCUGAGAUGGCAAAUUUAGCCAUUGAGCACGAGGACACAGAAGAGAUCAACAUUGUCCGAAUUGGAAACAUUACAUUCAACCCCAGAGAUGUUCUGGGUCAUGGUGCGGAGGGAACGAUCGUCUACAGGGGUCAGUUUGAUAACCGUCCAGUGGCUGUGAAGAGAAUUCUUCCGGAAUGCUUUAGUUUUGCAGACCGAGAGGUUCAGCUGCUGCGUGAGUCGGACGAGCAUCCCAACGUGAUUCGUUACUUCUGCACGGAGAGAGAUCGACAGUUUCAGUACAUUUCAAUAGAGCUCUGCAGCGCCACGCUACAGGAGUAUGUUGAACGAAAGGAUUUUAACCGCCACGGUUUGGAGCCGGUGACACUGCUAGAACAAACCAUGUCUGGAUUGGCCCAUUUACACUCUCUUAACAUAGUUCAUAGAGAUUUGAAACCACACAACAUCCUGGUAUCGAUGCCGAACACCCAUGGGCGAGUUAAGGCGAUGAUCUCCGAUUUCGGUCUGUGUAAGAAGCUGGCAGUGGGCAAACACAGCUUCAGCCGGAGGUCAGGGGUCCCCGGCACAGAGGGCUGGAUUGCACCAGAGGUGCUCAGUGAAGACGCAAAGCACAACCCUACCUGCAUGGUAGACAUCUUCUCUGCAGGCUGUGUGUUUUACUACGUGGUAUCUGAUGGUCAUCAUCCUUUUGGAAAGUCCUUGCAGCGACAGGCGAACAUCUUACUGGGCGCAUACUCACUGGAACACCUACAGCCCGACAGACAUGAGGAUAUUGUUGCUCAAAGCCUGAUCGAGCAGAUGUUGAGUAUGGAGCCAGAGAAGAGACCCUCAGCAGACAGAGUGCUCAAACAUCCGUUCUUCUGGAGCCUGGAAAAACAGCUGCAGUUCUUUCAGGAUGUGAGUGAUAGAAUUGAGAAGGAGCCAUUAGAUGGACCAAUCGUGAGGCAGCUGGAGAGAGGGGGACGGUUCGUGGUGAAAGGUGUUUGGAGGGAUCAUAUCACAGUGCCUCUACAGACCGAUCUACGCAAAUUUCGAUCUUACAAAGGCGGAUCGGUCAGGGAUCUUUUACGUGCCAUGAGAAAUAAGAAGCAUCAUUACAGGGAGUUGCCUGAGGAGGUCCAGGAGACGCUGGGCUCCAUUCCAGAUGACUUUGUGUCCUACUUCACCUCCCGCUUCCCUCUUCUCCUGCAACACACACACCUGGCCAUGCGCUCUUGUGCAAUGGAGCGCCCCUUUUUGCCUUACUACCACACCUCUGAACUGAUCGUUCACAGCACACCAAUACAGACUCCGUCCACACGGCACACUAGCCAAUUAGUGCCCUUAGACAUAUCACCGUCCAAUCAUAUUGCAGCACCACCUCCACAUGCCUUGCCAAAGACACAGUCUGAAGCACCAGUUUCACCUGAGCUGAGCACAGAGCCCAUCUAAAUUGACAUGUUCCUGGGAUGAUCCGCCUUGCUGCGUGGAUGCUGUCUGGGCCUGCAGUGCCCCGGCUGUGUCACUGCAGCUGUCGACAUCCCACCUGAAGUGCCUUUUAUACUUAUUUGAGACCGCAGCGGUUGUGUGAGCGACCUGCAGGUUCUUUGUGAAGAUAAUGUAGAGGACGCUGGAGACUUGAGUGGUCUGUCUUUUGAUCACUGAACGCUGAUGUAGUCAUUCCAUUUUUUGGUUUUGUUUUACAUUUUAAUAGACUUUUGUAAAGUAUGGACACUGUUAUGUAUACGUUUGGAAGGCCAGUGAUAUUUUUGUUGAACACUUGAAGUGAACACAAGAAAUUCUGCUGUGCAUUGUUGGUGGAUGAACCUCACGAAAAAAUGUCUGGCUUAUAUUUCAACCUAAAAUCAAAAGUUUUCUAAUUUAUUUUAUUUGUGUGUGAAAUUUGACCUGGACAUGAUUUUGACAGGUUUUGUGAAAAAUAACCUUGGCUUUUCACCUGAGUGUUCUAUUGAAUAUAUAUUUUUGUACAUAUUUUGAUCGUUGAUAAUUGAAGUUGCCAGUGUGCCUUUAAAAAUGGCACUGUGCCAUUUCUUGGUCCUGAGGUGAGGCUCAUGUUUAGUUUUGCCCUUUGCUGCUGUUAAUAUCAGAAUCAACUGUAUCCCAUUACAGGUGGUAUACUCUCUUUCAAAGCUCUGGAUGUACUAUAAUGACUAAAUUAAUUAUCCUUUAUAAUGCUUAGAACUUUAGUUAUGCACUUUAUAUGUUGGCUUACUUUAUUUCAACUAAACAGCAAACGAGAUGAAUUCAUGUCCUUGGAUGCUGAAUAGUGCGAUUGUUUCGUUUUGGUUUUUUGGUGAUUCUCUGAAAUGGUUAUAAGGAUACAUAGAUAUAAUUUCCUUCUGGAUGGAUUCUAAUGGAUAAUUAACUCAGAAAUUAUGAACUGUUGUCAGAAAAUUCAAGAGAGGUUUUAUUUCAAAGUGCCAUCAAGAUAGAAUUCAUAGGCACAGUGCAUGCUGUAAACAGCUUUGUAACAAAAAAACACAUGCAGUUUUCAAUUGAAAAAUUUCAAACAGAGCUUUUUUAAAUGUUACAUGUUUUUAUAAUGUUCAGUAUAUAUUAUAAAUGGCACGUUUGCAGAAAAUUGAUUUAAAUACAAUAAUGACUUUAAUGAAAUUUUUUUUUUACAUGUUUUGUUAAUAAAUAAAAGCUGCUAUUGUGGAAUGCCAAUCAUAUGUACAUACACCCGACACAGGCCCUAGUACACACUUAUGAGCCCAAACAUUAUGAUCACCCGCCUAAUAUGUUGUUGGUCCUCAGAAUGCCGCCAAAACAGUGCUGACCCACCGAGGCAUGGACUCUGCAAGACCCCUGAAGGUGUCUUGUGAUAUCUGGCACCAAGACAUUAGCUGCAGAUCCUUCGAGUCCUGUAAGUUGCGAGGUGGAGCCGCCAUGGAUCGGACUUGUUGGUCCAGCACAUCCCACAGACACUCAAUCGGAUUGACAUCUGGGGAAU